GCCUGUGUACGAUAUUUCCUCUCUCAUGCUAUUUGCUGCUUGCAUCUCAAAUCUGGCGUCACUGGUUUUAUACCUAUUGUAUUAUUCUACCGAACACUUCCGAAAUUGGCCGAACUGUAACGCUGACAUUACGAACGCAAAGUAUCUCGGGAAGAAAUGCGCCGAUGGUGGAGUAAUCUUGAUUUAUUGAGUAUUUAGUUACGAUUGGAUUAAGAAUUAUAGUGUGUAAAGGAACAGAUUUCAACUGAAGGCAGUUAUCGUGGAUGUUGGAAAGUUUGAGGUUCGUACUAAAAGCGAUCAAAGCUCAACACGCCCAUCAGGCCCAAUAAAGCCUCCCUGUCCCCGCGCCUAAAGCCCUCACGUGGCACAAGAGCUGGGCGCUGGGCCAGGCCGCGCUACGCCAGACUGGUGAGUUCCCACACAAAAUAUCGCUUGGUAGCACGGCGGGCACUCAAAGCCAACUAACCAUGUCUGUACAAAGUGUUGCUCUGGCAUCUCUCACGGCCACCUAUACCGACUCGGAGGGCGAGGACGGGGUGGAAGACGAGCGCCUGCAGGAGGAGAAUUCGAUCACUCCCCAGGGGUCUGCCCCGCAUAAUGCCCAAGUCGGUCGUCAGCCCCAGGCCCGAUCUGGCACCAGUCCCAUAUCUGGAGGCCGUUCAGCCUCGCACAGUCCCGCCGUCGGCAAGUCAGCCGGUAGUAGCGACUUGCCGGAAGCGGCUACAAAGGUGCAGCGAUUGGUCUCUUAUUUUGAUGACACGGUAGUCUCCGAUGACGAGGGGGUGGCCGUUGCUGUACUGCCGCUGCCGGCGCCGUCGUCAUCGUCGUCGUCAUUAUUGACGGCGACGAGCGCGACGAUCGCCGCGACAGCCGCGGAACAUCCAGAGGAGAAUGGUCUCCUGGCUGCGGUCGUUACUGGCACUGCCACUGCCACUAUUGCCGCCGCUGCCGCCGUCGCUGCCGUCGCUGUCGGCAGCGCUGAGCGUCGGUCGCCCUCCUCGCGUCCCGGAGAAUUGCUUUCAGAUAAUAGCGGUGAGGCGGCGGAUCUUUACGGUGUGACGAUACCGCCGGAACCGCCAGGCCAAUGUCCCGCCGAACUGCAGGACAAGAUCACAAGGUUAUAUCGAAAAAUGGAAAGUGGGGGUCUGGACAUGAACGUGUUGAUUCAGCAACGCAAGGAGUUCCGGAAUCCCUCCAUUUACGAAAAACUCAUUCAGUUUUGUAGCAUAAAUGAGCUGGGCACCAACUAUCCGCCGGACAGAUUCGACCCGUUCAAAUGGACCAAGGACUCGUACUACGAGGAACUUGCCAUGGUGCAGAAAACGGAAAUGGAAAAACUCGAGAAGGCGCGCAAAGAAAAGACAAAAAUCGAGAUCGUGUCCGGCACCGCGAAGCGACCCAAUAGCUCCGCCACCGGCGCUGAGGAUAUCGAUGCCAAGAAACGGAAAAGUAAGUGGGAUCAAGUGGCGACCGGCAACGUUGCCGCCGCUGCCGCCGUCGCGGCAGCAGCGGCAGCAGCCGCGACAGCCAAGCCCACUGUACUUCUCGCACAACCCACCUUGACGACCCUUACGUCAUCCGUCACCGGCGCCAAACCUACCGUUAUAUCGGCCUUCGGUUCACUGCCGAAGAAAAGAUUGUAACAUAUCGUGUAAAUGCGUGUUAUGUAAAUAAUGUCGAAAUUAAGUACCGUCGUCUUUUACGUUAAACAGCUACAAAACUGUGGAAAGGAAAACGCGGUCCGGGAAACUUAGGUCCUUGGAUGAUUGUGAAAUCUUCUUCUGAAUCAGAAAUUCCGAAUUAAACAGUAGAAUCAAGAAUCUAAUUCUAAGGUCAAUAGCACAUGAAUACAAAGUUGUUCUUGUAUUGUCGUACUAUUAAAAAUUCAAGAUUCUGAAGAUUUACAAAAUUGAUAAAUCUACAAUAGCGGAAAUAUAGGAUCCAAGAUAGCGGAAACAUUGAAGUCUUAUAUUUAAAGAUCCAAGAAUUAAAGCAUGAUUGAAUUACAUAUGCUUAUUGUAGAUAAUGUAAUUAGAAUUGGCAUUAGCUGCAACUAAUGUCCAAAAGUCCAAGGAUCUAGGAAUCGAACAAUUUAUUAAUUUGCGAAAUAAAUAUUGUAAAUAAUAUUAACUAUAAACAUCACUAUUCGUUAAAAAAUGUGAAGCUGCCAAUGGAAGGAACAUAUUUUGGAGAUUUACAUUCUCGAAUUUAUAGAUUUUUGUAUUUUUAAAUCCUUGUAAGCCAAAAUCUGUCUAUAGAUCUUUAAAUUUUGUAUCAAUAUUCUUGUAUUGCGAGAAGCGUAGGAAAUUUAUUUUAAGCUUUAAUUCUUAUAAAGAGAAUAGGAAUUGAAAGAUUAAGAAAAGCAAUAGAGUUAAGAGAAACAUAAUAAUUUAUAAAUUCACGAGUGAGAAUUCAAGGAUCUAAAAACGCAGAAUUAUAACUGAUCAUAGAAUGAAAGAUUAACAAUAGAUUAAAGCGUAAAUACAUUGUAAAUAAUAUCAAUUAUAUACAUCCUUUAUACAAGAGACAUAUGGACAUGCAGAUGAUAUAAUUGGAAAUUCUGUGAAGUUGGAUUCUUGAAUUGUCAAAGCCUUGGAAACUCCUUUUGUAUAGCGUAUUCAUAGAAAAUAUAAAUUAACUUAAAAGAACUAAGAUCUUAAAAAAAUUUAAAUAUCUAAAGACAUAUGUGAAUCCAAAUAUCUCACAUUAAAAAAACUUAGCAAACUAUUGAUUUAUGAGUAUAAAAAUUUCACUAAAAACUUUACAAAUCCAGAAAUCUAAAUAUUUGAAAUUGAAAGAUAAACAUAUUGUGUGCGUGUGUGUAUAAAUACAUUUGGAUUUUAUAGAAUGAAUAAUUUUAGAACUAAGACACGAAAUGUGUAACAAUUUCGAAAUUUAUGUGAAUAAUGAAGUGUAAUUUCAAGAUUCAGAUAUUCAAGAAUUUUGUUCAAAGCUUUAAAAAUUGACUUGUCUACAUCCAUCACGUACAAAAGUUUUAAGAAUUUUAUCUUAUUUUAUUUCACACACACUCGCACAAAUUUUAAGAAUUCAAGGAUUUAAAAAUUCAUUAAGCUAAAAAUUCAAAGACAACAGCAUCCAAAGAUUACAAAAGUCAAGAAUUUAUAACAAAUACGUAAGAAUUCAGAGAUACGGAAAUCGAAUAGAAAAACUCUGUCUUAAUAAUUUAUAUGAAUAAAUACAUUAUAAAUAUAUAUUGUAGAUAAAAUGAAAACGGUCUCCCCAGAAAGAAUGCCACUUAUUGAAUAAUAAUAACUAAUAUAUUUUUCUUACUGUUUUGUUUUUUUCUUUUUAUUUUGUUUUUAAAUAUAUAACAACAAUGAUGUACACUUUGCUACAUCAUAUCUAUAGAAACUGAUUAUAAGGAAAUUAUAGUUUCUCAAGAAUAUUACGAUUGUUACAUUUCGUUUAGAUUUCUUUCUAUGAAUUCUUACUUUUUUUAUACGAUUUUAAAUUCUUGGCUUUGCUUCUACAAUUAUGACUGGUAUAUAUUUUUUACCACACAGUUACGAACGUCUGAAAACCGAAUUUGAUCAUUUUAUUCAGGAUAUUAAUUAUGGAAAUGUUGAAAAAGAUUAUAUUUUCUCCAAAAAAAAAAAAGAAAGAAAGAUGAUACUAUUCCCUUCCUCAUCAAUACUCUUUCCCUAACUAAUAAUAUAUUCUAAUGAAUGGAAUGAUUGAAUUCAGUUUUUGGUGACAUGAAAAUUACAUUGUCUAAGUAUCAUUAUUAGAUUGAUCGAAAAAUUCAUUUCUUUUUUACGUGAUUCUUAGCAGCUCUUACAUGAUCAAUAUUGAUGCAAUACCUUGUAUCUACAAUACAGAUGUAAACAUAUGUCUGCAUAUGAAACGAUCAAUAUGAAAUACGGUGCAGCAAUAUUGAUUAUGUAACGCUCGCUGUACGCUUAUGAAAUAAAAACAAAAAGGAACAGCUGCAGACUUAGCAUGUAAUUGUUAUAUGUAAUUGAUUUGUCUAGUAAGAUGAGAUUUUGAUAGAUAAUUAGAUAUUAAAUUUUUUGGCAUGUGAAACAAGUAAGGUGUCUGUGUAUGUAAAUCGAUGUGAAACAAGCGCUGUAAGUUAGUAACGAUUCAUUUUUUAUAUGAAAAAGUAAUGAAACUUUCACAAAUGACUUUGUAUAUACACGCUCAUGUGUCAAUAGAGUAUGGAAUAUACAAUAUAUAAAUGA